AAUCAAUGAUAUUAAUAGUAAAGAAAUAGAUCUAGAAUCUAAAUCUAACUCAUUGGGUCCAGACCCUGUCAGACUAACUAUACUCUUAGGCGUCUUAGCUCUACUAGUAGAUCUGGAUCUUGUUAGUCUAUAUCUCUGAAACUGACAUGCUAGUCUUUAGCUAAGCAACUUUGCUUCUAUCUUUUUUUAUUUUGUUGAUUUAAAUAACGUGGGGGCAUGGUGUAGGAGAGGUAAAAUACUUAGCAACCAAACCCAGGUUUUUGUGUUGAAUUCCCUAGAUGAUAUUUUUAGAAUCUUUGUUAGUCCAACCAACUCCACUGAUAGUUAAGUACAGUUUUCCCUCACUACUUUGUGGUCCAUUUGUCAUGGACUAGCUGUUUUACAGGUUUUCAAAAACUAAUACAAAAUAUGUAUCACAGUAUUAUUGCUGUUUUAUGUCAGGAAUGCCCCAUAACUUUGUUCAUAAUUCACAUGAAGUGAUCUGCUCUAUCUGGCCUACUCUCUAAGCAGGAGUAAUAAUAGUUUGUUGAUGAAGACACUGUACCUGCUGAUUAUGUGGUGUCUUUAGACAAACAUUAGUGUCCUUCUUGGUAUUCAUCUCAUGCUAAGUCAUCAUCGUUUUAGCUGUUGGACAUAUCUUCAAUAGAUUUUUAAAGAUGGUACUUUCAAAAAACAAUAUUUAAUUGAGCUGAUGAUGUCAAAAAGUGGAAGAUUGUCUCGUUUGUUUCCAAGGUUAUUUCGUGGUGAAGCUAAAGAUAAAGUUGAAAAUAGCACAAAUAAAGUCAAAGGGCCCUUUUGUUUAAUUGUGUUUUUAGAUGAUGCAGAAAAAAAUAUUGCUUAUAAGGGAAACUGGAAGGGUCAGACAAUAUUUGACAAUGUCUGUACCAUGAUCAAUCUGUUAGAAAAAGAUUAUUUUGGACUUCGACUAAUUGAUUAUUCAGGACAAACGCAUUGGCUUAAUUUAUCUAAAGGUCUUUCUUCACAAUUAAAAGUUUGUUCAGAGCCUCAUAAACUUUACUUCUGUGUUAAAUUCUAUGCUGCUGAUCCUUGCAAACUGCGUGAUGAAAUAACCAGGUACUUAUUUUUCUUGCAAAUCAAAAGAGACAUUCUACAAGGUCGUCUUCCAGUUGCCUAUGAUGAAGUUGCAGAACUUUGUGGUUAUGCCCUUCAGUCUGAGCUAGGUGACUAUGAUCCCAGAUUACAUACAACUGGAUAUGUUUCUGAAUUUUGUUUUAUACCCAAUCAAACUGAAGAAUUGGAGGCUAAAAUAGCUGGCAUUCAUAGGAGAUGUGUUGGAGCUACACCUCUUAUGGCAGAGCAAAAAUAUCUGGAAAAAGUCAAGUGGCUGGAGUUGUACGGUGUAGAUCUUCACCCAGUCCAGGGGGAGAGCAAUGUUGAAUAUUUUCUAGGUCUGACACCAACUGGAGUUGUAGUCUACAAACACAAAACUAAAGUUGCUAGUUAUUUUUGGCCUAGAGUUACCAAAGCUAGCCACAAAGGAAAAAUGUUCACCAUACGGGUUAAAGAUAAAAAUAAUGAUGAAAAUGUCUAUGGCUUUGAAUUGUCCACCAAGUCUGCAUGUAAACACUUGUGGAAAUGUUGCAUUGAGCACCAUGCUUUCUUCAGUGGAAGAUCAUCAAGGCUUGCAGCCACUGAAACUAGGUCUAGACAGCAGCCUACUGUUCAAAGGUCACAGAGUCGAAGGCAGGCACGCAGAUCCAAUUCAGACUCGAGGCUUGUUGCUGAACAAUGGCAUAAUGAUCAGCAUGUCCACAAAAACAGAACAGUCCUAACAGUUAUGGGACAGGCAGAGCCAGUUAGAGCACCUCGUCAUCGAUCACUUCCAGAACUACAGGGGAGACAAUCACCAAGAAGUAUCAAAUCUGCUCCAUGGGAGUCCAAGUUAGAUUAUGGCCUUUACACAAGUGGUCAUGACUCUCCAUCAGUUUACAGUGAUAACAAAUAUCCAGGAAGUGAUAGCCAAAGUGGUAUCAGCCAGAGAAAGAGAUACUUUCCAAACACUAAAACUUCUGACAAUGAAAGUGAUGCAUCAGCUUCCAGAAGAAGAAGGCGAGAGUUAGACAGUGACAGUGGAUCAGAAAUUUCAUUCCCUCAUUCUGGACACAAUAGAAAAAUUCGACACACAAUGAGUGAUAAAGAUAUGAAAUUAAGAAGUAAUGGAAAUUUGUUUUAUCCUUACCAUGACAAAGAAAACCUUUCCCAAGGGUCUAUUCCUUCGUUACAUUCAGCUCCAGCAGGAGAAGCUAAGCAAAGAAGGAGACGACGUCGAAGUAAAUCACCUGGCAAUACAAAAAGACCACCUGAGGAAUUAAAACAGCAUAUAGAAUUUGACCUGGUUGACACAGAAGGUAUGACAGAGGAUCAACUCAGAGACAUUCCUUACACUAAAGUAGAAACAAAAUCAAACUUAUUCAGAGUAAAGUAUUCUCCUAAAAUCAGACAUAAAAUCUGGGCAUCAAGAAGAAAAAGUUUUGGUGAUGUAGACAGAAACAGUCCCAGUAAAUCUGGUAGUAAUUCAACAGUGUCACGACAAGAUAGCUACUAUACUGACCCCUCAGGAAAAUAUAUUUAUGGCAGCAGAGUUUCUGGCAGUCUAAGUCAAGGUAACUUACCCAGAUUUCAAAAUCCAGAAAGCCACCAAUCCAAUUCAUUUGAUCAAUCUCUAGCCACUAAUCUAUUAAGUGAAUUGAAUUCAUCACAUCCUAAGAAUUCUCUUUAUAAUGAAAACAUAAGGUACAAUGAAAAGCAACACAAUUCUUCACAAUCUCAAACAAAUUGGAAUGGAGUUAACAAUGUGAGUGAAUCAGAUGGAUACAGGAACUAUUCACUUAAUACAAAUCCUAAAUAUUCUCAUUCUAAACAUUAUAGCACAUACCAGCAACUCAGAGAAACCCCAAAAGUAAAUACAAGUGACUCUAAUAGACUAUCUUAUAGAGAAGAAUUGAACUACACUGCACAUAAUAUGCAAAAUUCUAAGUCUAACACAGGAUCUGAUUUCAGCAACAAAAAUAAUUAUGUGGGCAGCAAUUAUAAGCCCUCCACAUCUACAGAAUUCCAUCAUCAACCAGUUCAGUCCCAUUCAAAAAAAGACUUGAUUGGAAGCAUAAGAGAUUCCAGAAAUCAUUCACCUUAUUAUCGAGAAACUUUGCCAGAUGAUGCUUCUACUCUGACUAAAGGCUCUUCUAGGCCUAAUAACAAUCAGAGACAUUCUUCAGCAUACCAUCAGUUUACUGAUGAAAGAAAUAGCAAAGAUAGUCUUCAGCUCAAAUACAACAGUCCUAGUUCCCAAAGAAUGCAGAAUACAUACAAUAAUUUCUAUAAUGUUCAGUCUCAAGGUCAUUCUUAUCAACACAGUCCAAGGUCAGGCAGCAGUGUUUCUCCUAGAGGCACUCAGAGUACAUCAAACUACCGGCAGCAUACAUCCAAUUUAGUAACACAGUUAUAAAACUGUUCAAACAUGUAAAUUUUGUUCAUUGUAAAUACUGCAUUUCAAAUGAAAUGUAUGGAAGCAAGCUCUUGUCAGUAACUCAUUGGUGUGGACUUACUGAGUAAUUCAGUCAUAUAAACCAUGUAGAGAAUUUAAGUUCCAUGUCACAAUUAAAAGAAAAACAUUGUACCUAUCAUGUAUCUUGUUAUUUAUACAAAUCCUUUGUUUUGUUUUUAUGAAUAAACAUAUUGUUAGUUUCUUUCUACGUCUGAAUGUGUGAAUGUCAAAGAAAUCAAGACAACAAACUAAACUAUAAUCUAGUAUCAAACUAUUCUUUUUUUAAAAGACAAAAGCUAAGUAUAUUUAUUGAUAGAUAUUAGAUACUACAAAUAAAAGUAAUUUUCAACAGGCUUGAACUGCUAGAACUUGAAAUGUCAGGCUUUGGAAAUGGCUGCAGUGAGUAUUUCAGUUUUAAAAAAAUAUUUCAAAUAAUUCUUUCUCUAAUCCUUAUUAUUUUGAAAAUCAUCAACAAAUCUUGCAUAAAUAAGGUGAGUAGUCGAGUCAGAAUAGGAACAAAUGUACUAAGUAUGCUCUUCUAAUUCUUUUUGUUUGAAGACAACAUUAUUCAUUCAAUAAACAUGAAAUGGGCAGCUCUUAGACUAUCAGAUGUUAAAGAAGGAUACUGUUCUAGACCUAUUAAGUAGGGCUAUGAGAUGUUCUAGAAUACUGUUCUAGUUAUAGAAUACUGUUCUAGUUAUAGAAUACUGUUCUAGUUAUAGAAUACUGUUAUAGAAAAAAUGUUUUGUUCUAAAAGUACAAGUCACAUUUUAGUCCCAAUAUAAACAAAAGAGAAAAGUUUCAUGAACAAAGUGACAGGCCCCCAACUAAUGGAAAUGUCAGAUCUCAUUCAGUUUUUUUUUUGUUUAGUUUCUUCAUGAGCCUAGGUCAUUUUUGGAAGCUUGUUGAAGUUUGUUACAUCUAAUAUGAAUUAUCUUGCUCUUUUAAUGCUUAAAAAUUAUAAACACAUUCUCAAACACAUCUUAAUUUGUCUUGGGUCUAUUUAUAAAAUAUUCAGCAUUUUCCAGCAAAUAUCCUUUGUAAGACCUAGCUUUGUUCAACCUUCUUCUGAGGAAAUUGAUUUUUUUUACCAUUUAGAAUGUAUUUUCAAUCAUUGUUGUAAACAUUUGUCAAAAUACCAGUACUUGAAAUUUCAUGUGCAUAAUUGCAACUUACUGAUUGUAAUAAAUAGUGAUAUAAUAAACAGUGAUAUUUUUGGAAUGGUUGAUUCACCUGUGCCUUAAACUUUGAUAUGUAAACUAUUUGAAUCAUGUAAAAAUAUCUUGAGAAGUGCUCAAUGGAAUGAAGUUCUGGUUCUUCAACUACUAUAGACUUGAGUGGACUAAGAAAUCAUUGGGACUGAUACACUUUGGAUUGAUUUGACUCUGGCUCUAGAAAAAUUUCAUUGUUUUCCCACUACACGUAAACAGCUCAAUACUAACAUGAUGUCCUGCUUGAGCUACCAAUGAAAGUUUAAUCUAGCUAUAACUAGUUACCAAUAAAGGUUCAGUUUAGCUAAAGCUACCAAUGAAAGGUUCAAUCAAGCUUAAACUACAAAUGAUGCACAAACUUAAGUGCAGUUCUCCUCAGAAGACAUAAUACUUUUGAGUAUACUGUGGUACCUUCAUUUCCAAACCUUAAAGUGAAAUACUUGUAUUUGUAUUGAAUUCAUUUCAAUUGUGAGUUUUUUAAGUGAACCAUAUUAUAUAAAUAUAUAGCAGUACCUUGUAAAUAUGUUCUAGAAAAUAUAUACUCAAAAAUAAAACACUGUAACUAUACUUUUUUAAUAAAUAUUUUUUAUAUGCAAA